CUACGCGUUACAGUAUAUCAAUCAAUCGCGCGCAAAUUCUCAAAUAACCGGUCAGUUGAAACCACGCGGAUCCGCGCAAAAAACGUCUCAUUUAGAACAUACCAAAACCAAUAUGUUCGACACGCUCUUCCGCGGUAAGCGAUCGGAUCGGCGGACGCGGGAAAUCACCUGCCUGGAGGAGUACGAGGAGCGGGCUGCGGAAUCGGUGGACCGUGAAGUUCUCGAUUACUUCCGAGCGGGUGCCGGUGGAGGGCAAGCGAUGCGGCUCAAUCGGAGCUGCUUCGAUAAGAUACGAAUCAGACCGCGAUGUUUGACCGGGGUCGGUAAUCGCAGCAUGGCCAUUCAGGUGUUGGGCUCACACUUCAAAAUGCCCAUCGGAAUUGGACCGGUGCCGCUGCAGAAGUUGCUGUCAAAUGAUGGCGAGAAGGCCACGGCUCGGGCUGCCCGGUCAUUGGGCGCACCCUUCAUUUUGGGUGCAUUGGCCAGCGUGUCGAUCGAGGACAUCGCGGAAGCCAUUCCUAAGGUCCCCAAGUGGUUUCAGAUGUACAUCUUCAAGGAUCGGGAACUGAUGGAAAAUAUGGUUCGAAGGGCUGAGAAAGCGCGCUUUGCCGCGUUGGUUGUUACCGUUGAUACUCCUGUGCUGGGUCUGAGGAAAUCGGAUCUACGUAAUCCGCUCAAUGUGACUUCGAAAGUGAGCUAUGUGAACUUCCUUCCACCGUACAACAAUGUGUGUUCCAAGAAUAUUGCUGAAUAUGUGAAGAGUCAGUUUGAUCCCACGCUGGGUUGGGAAUCGUUGAAGUGGUUGAUUGAUAUGACCCAUUUGCCGGUGAUUGUGAAGGGAAUUUUGUCCAGUGAAGAUGCGCUGAUGGCGGCUAAAAUGGGGGCCAAAGGGAUCAUCGUUUCGAACCACGGGGGAUGUCAGCUGGAUUCGGCACCUGCCAGUAUUGAAGUCCUCCCGGAAAUUGUUGAAGCCGUCGGAACCCAAUGCUGUGUGAUGUUGGACGGUGGAAUUAUGCGUGGAAGUGACGUCUUCAAAGCCCUCGCCUUGGGAGCACAAACGGUUUUCAUUGGUCGCCCAGCCAUGUAUGGCUUAGCCGUCGGAGGGCAAUCAGGAGUCGAAGAUGUCCUAGACUUACUAAGACUGGAAUUGGAUUCCGUGAUGGCUUCGGCUGGUUGUCGAACGCUGGAACACAUUUGCGGUGAUUCGGUGCGAUUGGAAUCAGAAUAUCUGAGACCCCGUUUGAAAAUACCGCCUCGGAAAUCCAUCGACAUUGCUGCCAGUUGCGAGGGGGAUACUCAAAGUGGAAAACUGAUAACUAUUCCCUUUGGACCACCACCGGAAACCUUGAUUCCUACUGGAGAAGAUGGAUUGGCUAAAGAUCCCAGAGGUAAGGAUGCAGUGGAUGAUUGCGGUAUCAAAACCAGUCAGUGGAGUAAGGAGGUCAAUCAUGUAGAAGUCGUUCCUAUGAGACCUCCUCGAUUGACGAGAGAAGUGCGAGUUGUUCCAGAUGUGGCAAAAGUCUUGCAGAGGAAUAUCAAAGCAGAUAUUGCCCGGCGGGAUCACUUCGUCAAAAAUAAACCUUACAGAAACAGAGCCUACUCAAUGCAAAACCUAGACAGUAUUAACAAAAUGGACGAUGUCCGAUGUAGUCCCUAGUGAUAUUUCAAAAUAACG